CAAAAUGGCGACCGCUAAUUGCCACGUUAUAUCCCAGAAUACACCAUACCGGAAGCGACACUACUGCGCAUGGGCAAAAUGGCGACCUCCAGAUGCCUCGUUAUGCCUCGUUAUAUCCCACAACCCACCUUGCCGGAAGUGAUGCUAUUGCGCAUGUUCAAAAUGGCGACCUCCAGAUGCCUCGUUAUGCCUCGUUAUAUCCCACAAUGCACCAUACCGGAAGCUACCAUACUGCGCAUGAUCAAAAUGGCGACCUCCAAGUGCCUCGUUAUGCCUCGUUAUAUCCCACAAUCCACCUUGCCGGAAGCGAUACUAUUGCGCAUGUUCAAAAUGGCGACCUCCAGUUGCCUCGUUAUGCCACGUUAUAUCCCACAAUGCACCAUACCGGAAGCUACCAUACUGCGCAUGAUUAAAAUGGCGACCUCCAAGUGCCUCGUUAUGCCGCGUUAUAUCCCACAAUGCACCAUACCGGAAGCUACCCUACUGCGCAUGAUCAAAAUGGCGACCUCCAGGUGCCUCGUUAUGCCGCGUUAUAUCCCACAAUGCACCAUACCGGAAGCUACCCUACUGCGCAUGAUCAAAAUGGCGGCCUCCAGAUGCCUCGUUAUGCCGCGUUCGAUCCCACAAUGCACCUUGCCGGAAGUGACGCUAUUCCUCACUAUGAAAAUGGCGCCCGCGACGUGCCGGGACUCUGUGGGGCUUUAUUGGGCACUGUGGGGCUCACUGGGGCUUCUAUGGGGCUCUGUGGGGCUCUAUGGGGCACUGUGGGGCUCUAUGGGGCACUGUGGGGCUUCAAUGGGGCUUCUAUGGGGCUCUGUCGGGCUUCUAUUGGGUGCUAUGUGUCUCUGUGGCUGUGUGGGGCCUCCACCAUCACCACCAUCAUUCCCCUCACACCACCCACAUCACUGCCCCCCCACCAUUACCCCGAUCAACCUCAUCAACCCCAUCAGCACCAUCACCCCCAUCGCCCCCAUUGUCACCAUCACCCCCAUUAUCCCCAUUACCCCCAUUACCCCACCAUAGUCCCCCCACAGUUCACCACCACUGGUACCUCUCCCCCAUUCAUCACCGUUGUCCACCACCAUCCACCGCUGUCACACCCAUCACCUCCCCCCCACGUCACUGCCCACUUCCAAGUGGUUUUCUUCCACUCUAACCCGUCUUUUCUUGGUUUUCUUCUAAUCUAACCCAAAUUUUCUUGGUUUUCUUCCGCUCUGACCCGUCUUUUCUAGGUUUUACCUCGCCGUAAUUUGCUGAGCAAUGUGAUGGCGGAGAAGCCAAGUCCUGGGGCUCCAUCCAGCAGCUCUUGGUCCAAGGCAGCAACAGAGCAGAAGAGCUUCUUCACAUGAGUAGAUGUGACCUCAGCGAGGAGCUCCAGCAAAUACCUGCUGCCUCCCAGUGCCAGCCCUUAUAUGAGCACCAGGAGGGGGCGGAGCCAGCCCUUCAGCCAAUCGGAUAUGUUGCCUGCACUUGGGCUGUACUGCUGUGUCUCCGCCCCAUCAUGGCUUCCAACCAUGACUAAGCAUUUCUAUUAUAUCACUCUAAUUAUAUCAUGAUAUCAUCGCCCCCAUCACCCCCCAUCGUUCCAAUGUCCCCCCCCAUAACCUCCCCAUCAUCCCAACAUCCCCCCAGCAUCAACCUCAGAGUGGUGCCCACAGUGUCACCCCAUUGCGACACUGAGAUCUGCACCCCCGUGUCCAUAUACUGUGCUGUCAUUUCUCCUCUAUCCAUAACCCUCCCCUUUAAGAACAAAUAAAUAUAAUUAUUCACCUGUUA